AACAUUUCUUUCAACGACCAAACUGGUUUUACCCAUAGUGAAGUCUCUUUAUUAUAGACAGAACCUUACAACAGUUCAUCGGCAAAGCCGCACAACAGCAGCUUCUUCUGCUUUUGACAGCAGCGCUGUUUUGUUUUCAAUUUGUUAAAUUUAUUGUACGUAAAUAACAAACUCGCUUGUCGCCUUUCCCCCCCAGAAGACGCAACCAAGAAAGUUCUACAAAAAGGGGCACCACUCGCGCAAAACGUACCUACGGUUGGAAGUGUUAGAAGUGUUCUGCCUACCGUAAACACAAAAGCACCCUGCGUACAAUGGAAACGGCAGCCGAAGAGCCUGCUGCUGCGUCGAGUGGCACGAGCAUAAACUUCCUGGACCUUCCCGACUGUAUGAUAGAGCAAGUGCUGGAGUACCUAUCGUACGACGAGAUUGCCAAGAAGCGCAUUGUUUGCCGCAAAAUCGAUCGCAUCUGCCAGUCGCUGCUGAACCGAGGCUUCAUCAAGAUGAUCCGCAAGCACAACAUGAACCUGAAGGCGAUCAAAUCGCAGCUACCGCGCCGUGAAUCCGAGCGGCGGAACCACCCACUGUCCAAGCACUCCGACAUCCUCACCUGCAUCGAGACGCGCAUCUCGAUGCUGUCCAUGACCUACUCGAAGUUCAUCGAGAAGGAGCUGUGCUGCUUCAUCCCGGGCAAGGUGAUCGACGAGGUCCUAAACAUACUCGGCCUGAUCGAGAACACGUCCCGGCCGCUCCGGGCGCACGAGGUGCUGCAGGAGCUGCGCGACAUCUCGUCUAUGGCGAUCGAGCACUUCGACGAGAACAUAGCGCACCGGCUGAAGAAGAUCAUCGGGGUGCAGCACCACCCGAAGCUGGUCGGCCAUCACAAUCUGCCGUUCCCGGCGGCCGCCUUCAUACAGCACGAGGUAAUGCUGCCGUGCGACGUCAACGGCGACAAGUUUGUGAUACCGACGCUGACGCCCAUCUCGCCCAAAGCGCAGAAAGUGCUCCCGUCGUCGUCCUCCUGCGCCUCGGGCUCCUCGCCAUCAGCUGCUGCGUCACCGUCGCCGUCCGCAUCGUCCGCCUCGUCGUCGGCGGCCGGUUCACUGGCCGGCCUCUACUGCCAGAGCUCGUACAGUGCGAGCUGCGAGAACAAUGGUUCGAUCGCGCGCAUCAACCACAAAACGCGCAAAAUGCGGUACGACAUCAACCGGAUCGAUCAUAACAUCUCCUCGUUUAAGGCGGAAAUGCGCAACAUGCGCCUGCUGCUCGUGCGGUACGGCGGGGAGAUUAAGGAGCUACGCCGCCGGCUGGACGAGUCCGAAACGAAGAACCUGGAACUGCUGGCCAACAUUAAUCAGCUCGGGUUCGGUGCGCCCUCGGUCGAUGGCCCGGAGCGGACGGAAUCGGUGGCAGCGGCGGCAGCGGCCACGAUCAAGCAGUGCAGCAUGAAACCUCGCCCGGCGGCCAGCAUGCUGAAGCGGCUGUACCCCGACACAGAAUCUCACUCAUCCAGUUCCACUGUUGUGCCAUCAUCAUCAUCGUCAUCAUCGCUGGAAGGGAAUGAAGCGGAGCCACAGGCACAAGAUCACGAGGGUGGAUCAAGCGCUGCCAAGAAAGUGAAGCUAAGCGAUUAGACAAUCAGCGACACCCUCUUACUAAUUCCUCAUCAGCCCCUUUUUCCUGCAUCUCCGGGAGCAAUUGGAAACCCAUGACCGCUUCUGAACUCACUACCAGCAGAAGCCGGUUGUACUGGGUUUUGCCACUAAGGGUGCGGCAAUAUAUGUAUACUAACGUUCUAGGCUUGUAAGGAUUUCCUCCCCUCCUAUACACACAUCCCAUUUAUAUAGCGCCUCCAAAAAAAAAAAUCGAGAAAUAAAAGGAAAGCACUAAACUAAACAUUACCUCGAGGAAAGCGACAGUAGGCAGCCACGCACGCGCCAUCGUGUCGGUGCGCUAAGGAGGAGGAACAUUACGCAAUAAUACGAUGAUUAAGGCUUGUUCACAGUCACCAGGGAGCACACACACACACAUUGGCAUUCUAACUGUGCUUGUUUUCGCGUAUAUACGAGUCUUUUUUCCAUCCCCUCCCCAUUUCCGUAGUUUAGAAUAGAAACGCCAAUGCAAACACUUACUACUUAUUAUAUACACGAAUUUAAAGCCUAUCUCAAAUUGAAUGCUUUUUGCGUAUCGUUUCGGAAAUGUACAUAAAAUAACAGAUAUACGAGGAGGUGUCGCGUGCGCGUGGCUGCAGUUACCCGGAACACCACGUUUGCGUCUGGUGAGAGCGUGAGCCCGAGAGAGAGAGAGAUAGAGAGAGAGAGAGAGAGAGAGAGAGAGAGAGAGAGAGAGAGAGAGAGAGAGAGGAAGAAAGCCGGUUAAAAAAUGGUUAAUAAAACUGAAACAUUUAUCCGCGCAAAUGUGCUUUGAAAAAUAAAAGGGUGCUGUUUGUAUUUGUCUUAUUAAGCUUUAAUUCAAAUCAGAAAUAGUUUCUUUAUCUCUCUAGCCUCUAGGAGUACUGUACUAGCUAUACUUGGAUACUGAAGAUCGUAAGUGUUAGUGCUUCUAAAGGAUUAAAUCCAAAUCUUAUCAGCAUAAUCAAUAAGACAGAUUACAGAAGAGAAUGCACAUCAAUUGCCAGGCAUAAAGACACUCUACAAAACCAUCAUUGAGCCAGUUCUAUUCGAUACAGCCACUGACAGGAUGAUCGCCCCCAGUGCUGUAGUGCUACUUCUAGCAAUUGCUUUAGUUCGCGUUGAAACGUUACGUUUGAAUGCAUUUGAUG